AUGCCGACUGUGGCGAAGGACGGAAUGAGGGGCCUCGCCGUCUUCAUCUCCGACAUCCGAAACUGCAAGAGUAAAGAGGCCGAGACCAAGAGAAUAAACAAGGAAUUAGCAAAUAUCAGGAGUAAAUUCAAAGGCGACAAGACACUGGAUGGCUACCACAAAAAGAAGUACGUGUGCAAAUUAUUAUUCAUCUUUUUACUCGGCCAUGACGUCGACUUUGGACAUAUUGAAGCUGUCAAUUUGUUAUCAUCAAAUAAGUACACUGAAAAACAAAUCGGAUAUUUAUUCAUCUCCGUGUUGCUGAACGAUGGCAAUGAUUUAGUCAAUCUUAUCAUUCAAAAUAUCAAAAAUGACUUGAGCUCAAGAAACCCAAUUCAUGUCAACUUGGCGUUACACUGCAUCGCCAAUGUUGGGACUCGAGAGAUGGCCGAGGCUUUCUUCAACGAAAUUCCGAAGUUAUUGAUUUCUAAGGAAGAUAUCGACCAAGUAAAGCAAUCUGCAGCAUUGUGUAUGCUGCGCCUAUAUCGCGCCGCUCCCGAUCUCUUGCCGAGCGGCGACUGGCAAAAUCGCGUUGUCCAUCUUCUCAAUGAUUCUCAUCUUGGAGUUGUUACCGCUGCGUCAAGCUUGAUUCACGCUCUUGCCGAAGGAAAUCCUGAUGCACUCUCUCGAAUCGUAACGAGCACCUACCAGGAUCUUCAAGACUACACUUAUUACUUUGUUCCAGCUCCUUGGCUUUCCUGCAAGCUUCUCCGUCUUCUCCAGCUUUUCCCACCGCCGAGCGAGCAAGCCCGAUUGAUUGAAUGUCUAGAGGUUAUUCUCAACAAAGCACAGGAGCCGCCAAAGUCGAAGAAGAUCCAACACUCCAACGCGAAGAACAGUGUCUUGCUCGAAGCCAUCAAUCUUAUCAUCCACUUGGACAACGAUGCUGUUUGCCCACUGCUAGUGCGCGCGACGAACCAGCUUGGCCAGUUUUUGAAUCACAGAGAGACAAAUCUUCGCUAUUUGGCUCUAGAAUCGCUUGCGCAGCUUGCUCAAUGCGAUUUUUCCCGUGAAGCUGUGAAGAAACAUUUGGAUACGGUGAUUCAGGCGCUGAAAACUGAACGAGAUGUGUCCGUUAGACAGCGCGCUGUCGAUUUGCUGUAUGCAAUGUGCGAUCGAUCGAAUGCGGAGAGAAUCGUCCAGGAAAUGCUUGCUUAUCUUGAGGCCGCGGAUUAUUCGAUCAGGGAAGAAAUGGUGCUCAAAACGGCGAUUUUAUCGGAAAAAUACGCGACUGACUACAACUGGUACGUUGACGUCAUUCUCCAGCUUAUCCGUGUCGCCGGCGAUUACGUCUCCGAAGAAGUCUGGCAUCGAGUCAUCCAAGUCGUCACCAAUCGCGAAGAUAUUCAAGGCUACGCGGCUAAAACAUGUUUCGAUGCUCUCCAGCAACCAGCCUGCCAUGAGAACAUGGUGCGCGUUGGGGGCUACAUUCUCGGUGAAUUCGGCAACUUGAUCGCUGGCGAUCAACGAUCCGCACCACUUGUUCAGUUCCAACUUUUGCAGACGCGAUUCCAUUUAUGCUCAUCGACAACGCGCUCUCUUAUUCUCUCGGCUUACAUUAAAAUGAUCAACUUGUUCCCUGAAAUCAAGACCAAUAUCGAAGAUGUUCUACGCUCGGACGUUUUGCAGAAGAACUCGGAUAUUGAGCUCCAACAACGAGCCCUAGAAUAUUUCAAGCUCUCUGCAAUUUCAGCUUCAAACACAGAAAUGUUGGCCACAGUUUUAGAAGAAAUGCCGCCCUUCCCCGAGCGAGAGAGCUCAAUCUUAGCAAAAUUGAAAAAGAAGAAGCCAGCUGCUGUUAAAGUUAUCGAAUCGCCAACAAAUGGACACGGAGACGACAAGGCAAAGUCUCUUCCUGUUGCGAAGAUGUCCAAUGAUCCACCUAUGCCAGCAGCAGCGCCGCAGCAGAGCUCGCAAGACUUGCUCGUUGAUAUUUUUGCAACACCGAAUACUGCUGCUCCGGCGGCUCCUGCUGCUGCCGAGCCCGCUUAUGGACUCACAAACAUGGAUGAUCCCUUUGGAAUCAACUCCUCUCCGGCUGCUCCUCCCACUGCAGCAGCUGCUCCUUCAGAGCCACCUCCGCUCAUCGACUCUCAUUGCCAAAAAUUCUUCCUCAAAAACUCGGGCGUCCUUUUCGAAGACGAAAACUUACAGAUCGGAAUAAAGAUGGAAUUCAGGGAAAGACUCGGGCGCGUACAACUUUUCUAUGGCAACAAAUCAUCGUCUGUUGAUAUUUCGAAUUUCAAAGCUAAUGUUGAGAGCAUCGAGGGUUUAAAAAUUUCCACACAUCAAGAAGCGCCGAAUACGAUAACAGUUGGAAGUCAAUUUCAACAUAUUAUAAACAUAGAAUCCAUGAAAGACUUCGACAACUUCCCAGUGUUGAAUAUUUCCGGUCUCUACGGAGGUAAAUAUCUCGCGCUCAGAAUUGCCGUUCCGCUUUACAUGACAAAAUUCGCUGCAACUGCCACGAUGGAUGCGAACCAGUUCUUCCAGAGAUGGCGUGGCCUUGAAAAGCCAGAUCAACAGAGCCAGUCUGUCUUUAAAACGGCCUCUAUUGACCGCGAAGCUGGUAUGUUUCAUUGA